AGCUGUCGUGUCCAUGGGUUGAAAGGUGACUACGGCUCACAGCAAUGCCCAAAAAGGGUGAAGAUAGUUAAAAUACAAAUAGCUAAAGUGAACGGUUCCACGUCUGUUUUUCAGCUGAUGGAGCUCUCUUUCUCUCUCAGCUAGCUGCUCUUUCUGGAUGUCUGUAGUUACUGUACAGCCCAGAAUGGUGUUAAGAGUAAGUGGCAGGAGGAGCGUUGUGUGGGGCUGGCUACUCCUGGUCUCCUGCUUUCUGCUGUCUGUCUGUUCACAUGAGCAGGCAGCCCAAGAACACCCACCGGAGAUUCACCAUCCAAACAUGCACCUGGACAAGAACAUGGUCCAUGACAGAGAACACAUCAUGGAGCAUCUGGAAGGUGUGAUUGACAAGCCUGAGUCAGAUAUGUUGCCACAGGAGCUGCAGUUGCACUACUUUAAGAUGCAUGACUAUGAUGGCAACAACUUACUGGAUGGGCUGGAGUUGGCCACAGCCAUCACUCAUGUACACAAAGAGGAAAGAGGAGAGGAAAGCCAGCCUAUGAAAGAGGAAGACCUCAUAAGCCUUAUAGAUGACGUUCUAAGGGACGAUGACAAAAACAACGAUGGGUACAUAGACUACGCCGAGUUUGCCAAGUCCCUGGAGUAGAGGAGAGACGCUGCCUAACUGCUGAGACCUAACUGCUGAGACCUAUCUCUCAGUGCACUGCACAUAACCACGCCACUUUCCAUCUCAAAGCAAAAUCUCUUGUUUAUUUACCUGAGCCAGUGUACAUGUCUCAUGCUCUCUGUGGUGCUAUUACUAUCCUUUAUCCAUCCAGACAGCAUACCAGGGGUGGACAAACUUUUUGGCUCGAGGU